GCGGCGCGGGGCUCCCUGAGGCACCGUGAGGCUCCCUGAGGCACCGCGUCCCGCAGCCGCCAUGUGGGAGCGGGGUCUGGUGCUGUCUGCCCCCGGCAAGGUGAUCCUGCACGGGGAGCACGCUGUGGUGCACGGCAAGGUGGCCUUGGCCGUGGCUCUGGACCUGAGGACUUUCCUCCGCCUGAGGCCCAGCGCCGAGCCCCGGGUGUGCAUCCGCCUGCCCAGUGUCGGCGUGGUGAGGAGCUGGGACACCCUCAGCCUCCAGGCCCUGCGGAGGGGAUUUCCAGCUGAGCUGGAUGAAGCUAAAUCCCCCAGCGUGGAACAGCUGGAGACACUGAGAAAGUUUGCUGGAAUUACUGCUGAAGCCUCAGCUCCUGAGAGCCUUGCUACUCUUGCCUUUCUUUAUUUGUUCCUGGCUAUCUCAGCUAAGUAUGGAGAUGUUCCCAGCCUGGACAUCCUGGUGUGGUCUGAGCUGCCCACGGGUGCAGGGCUGGGUUCCAGUGCUGCCUAUGCUGUCUGCUUGGCAGCAGCCCUGCUGACAGCCUCUGGGGCCAUCUCCUGCCCUAUGAAGGAGGGAGACUCCACAGCCAGGUGGACAGAAGAAGAGCUGAGUGUGAUCAACAGCUGGGCCUUCCAGGGGGAGAGGGUGAUCCAUGGCAAUCCCUCGGGUGUGGAUAACGCCGUGGGGACCUGGGGUGGAGCCCUGAGAUACCAAUCAGGAAAAAUCACUCCAUUAAAGAGGGUGCCCACACUGAGGAUCUUGCUGACAAACACUAAAGUCCCACGAAGCACCAAGGUCCUGGUGGCUGGUGUCAAAGAGAAGAUCCUGAAGUUCCCUGCUAUAAUGAACCCAGUCCUGGACUCCAUCGAUGCCAUUUCUCAGGAGUGCCAAAGUGUUCUGGAAGCAAUGCCUGCAAAUCCAUCAGCAGAAUAUUACCCUGUGCUGGAGGACCUCUUUGACAUAAACCAACACCACCUGAACGUGAUGGGGGUUGGUCACCCCUCCCUGGACAGGCUGUGCCAGGUGACAGCAUCCCAUGGCCUGCACAGCAAGCUGACCGGGGCUGGUGGGGGUGGCUGUGGCAUCACCCUGCUGAGACCAGACACCUCCCCGCUGGCCGUGGAAGCAGCCAAGCAAGACUUGUGUGCCUGUGGGUUUGAGUGCUGGGAGACCAACAUUGGGGGUCCCGGGGUGACCCUGCACUCCUCCUCAUCCCUCAACACCCGAGUGCUGCACGCGCUCUCCGAGGGUUGAGCUCCUGCCUCUGGCAAGACCCCAGCUCUUGGCAUCACCUCCUCAGAGUGCUGGCUCUGGGUGUGUGUGCCUGGGAACUUCUCUUCAGCUUGGUGUGGGCUCUGGGGGAUUCUAGACAUGGAGCCAAUUUCAGGCUUUGUGUCCCUGGGAGUGGGGGCUGCAACGAGAAGCCAGGAGCAGCUGCUUGCCCUUGGGCUGGGUGAGAGUUUGACCCAGGCUCUCAAAAUCCCAUUUUAAAUUUACUUACUCAACUGCUGUGCUAAUCCCAAGGGGCAGGAGGAGAGGGGCUUGGCUGGAUUCCAGCAUGGAUAAUGACACUUGGCUUGGUUCUGCUGCUUCAGAUGCCUGUGCUGGAUGUUCUUUUCUCCCUGGUGUCCCACCAGGGUGGGCAGUGGGGCUGGCAAGGUGGAUGUGCAGAGAGCUUUGACAUUUUUGGGUGAAAAGCAUCUUGGCAGCUCAGACUCAGGUCUUUUUUUUUUUUUUUUCUGCUGGACUGUAAUUCAGGGUGGAGAGGGAACCUCUAAAUACACCUCCUGCCUACUACUAAUCAGGAAUUGGAUCAUUGAUAGAAACAGCACAUUUCUAAUGAAAAUAUUGCUGGUUUUACUCUUUCCUGGGCUGUUAAACUGGGACCUGUAACCAGACUCUGGUUUCUGCUCCUCUGCUCCUCUGUGCUCAAGGUCUGGUUCAGGCUGUCACCUCUGAGGACACUUGCUGAAGGCAAGGGAAGUCUGAACAUUCCUCUUGGGGUCUGGGAUCUCUCACUCUUCAGCCUUGACCCUGCCUGUCCUGCUGGGGGCAGGGGCAGAGCAAGCAGGGGGUUGGUUUAGUUUGAAGUAAUUGUUUUUAAGUAGGGGGAAAAAAAAAUACAAACCAACAAACUAACAACCACCUCCUUAAAAGCUGACCUUAGCUUGCAAUUUGCAAACUGUAAAGCCUUGAAAUGCAUUUAAAACUCAUUACAUAAAUGUAAAUGCAGUUUUCACUGUUGAAAUUUUAAUGAGCUGAGCCACAGAACUGAAGGGACUUGGCAGGUAAGUGGCUGAAGCCAGAGGAUCCUGAAGGAAUAAACUGACUCUCAGUGGCUCUGGUGUCUUCUACACCUGCCCAAGAGAUUUGAUCAGUGUUGUGUUUGUCUGGGGUUUUUAAGUGUAACUCUCUUCAUGAAGAGCUGUGUCCAAAGCUGAGAAAUAAAUGGGCAGGAGGGUGGGAAUCACCCUCAGUGCAGGAACAAAAAAAAAAGAAAAAUAAAUACAAGCUCUGAAAUCCCAGCAUUGUAGUGACCAGCUUUAGUUCACUCAUCAGCUGUAAAACUGUCUCUGGUUUUAAUAAAUCUGUGUUUUCUUA